AUGGCGUUUGGUUGGUUUGUAGCUCUGAUUUGCAUACUCUAUUUUAACCAACUUAUAAACGCCAACAAAAACACCUUACAAACAUACAUCGUCCACGUCGAGUCACUUCAACUCGACGAUCUCGACUCAUUUUUCGCGACCGAUGUUGCACCGCGCGUCUUGCACCGUUACACCAACGUGCUCACGGGUUUCGCCGCGAAGCUAUCGGCCGACGACCUAGAAGCGCUUCGCGGCGUCAAAGGGUUCAUCUCCGCUCGGCCCGAGCGAGUGUAUGAGCUCCACACCACCCACUCGCCCAAUUUCUUAGGCCUCAACCAAAAUGUAGGAUUUUGGAAUCACUCCAACUACGGGAAAGGCGUUAUAAUCGGGUUGCUCGACACCGGGAUCACCCCGGGCCACCCCUCGUUCCACGACAAGGGGGUCCCGCCCCCGCCCGCGAAAUGGAAGGGCAAGUGCGAGUUCGGCCCCAAGGGAGGGUGCAACAACAAGCUGAUCGGGGCGAGGAGCUCCUCGCCGACCGAUGAGCAAGGCCACGGCACGCACACCUCCGGUACGGCCGGAGGCAACUUCGUGCCUGGCGCCGCCAUCUUCGGCAACGCCAACGGCACGGCCGCCGGCAUUGCGCCCCUGGCACAUAUCGCCAUGUACAAGGUGUGCAGCCGCGCUGGGUGCGCCGAGAGCGACAUCAUGGCGGGAAUCGAGGCCGCCAUCGAGGACGGCGUCGAUGUUCUGUCGCUGUCGUUGGGAGGGGGGUCCACCCUCUUCUACAGCGACAGCAUCGCCCUCGGUGCGUUCAGGGCCAUGGAGAAGGGGAUCUCCGUGGUCUGCUCGGCCGGGAACAGCGGCCCGGACCCGCGGACCCUCUCGAACGAGGCCCCGUGGAUCCUCACUGUCGGCGCCUCGACAAUGGACCGGAAACUCACCGCCAUCGUCGUCCUCGGCAACGGCGAGGAAUUAACCGGAGAAUCGGCGCACGGCUUCGCCCCCACAACGAAACACGAAAUCGUUUACGAGGAUCCAGCAAUUUGCGAGGAAAAUCAAUUGAGGAAUCUCAAUGUGAAAGGAAAGAUAGUGGUGUGUGAAUUAGGGAUUAUCACAAGAACCGGAAAGGGGGCGGCGGUAAAGAACGCCGGCGGCGCCGGCAUGAUACUCAUAAAUUCAAUAGCUCAGGGCAACACAACCUCCGCAGAAGCGCAUGUUCUACCCACAUCACACAUUAGCUACUCAGACGCAACCAAAUUGAAAGCAUAUCUCAAAUCCACCAAAAGCCCCAAAGCCAAAAUCAUUCACAAAGGAACCCUAAUCAACGGCAGCACAAUCGAGGCCCCCGUGAUAACAUACUUCUCAUCACGAGGGCCCAGCAUUUCAAGCCCGGGAAUCCUGAAACCCGACAUCACGGGGCCCGGGAACAACAUCCUUGCGGCCUGGUACACGGCCGCCGACAACGCGACAGCAAAGUCCGGCUUCAACAUGAUCUCGGGGACGUCAAUGUCGUGCCCGCACCUCAGCGGGGUGGUGGCGCUCCUGAAGAGCGCGCACCCAGACUGGUCCCCGGCGGCCAUAAAGUCUGCCAUCAUGACCACCGCCGACCAGGUCAACCGCGGGGGGAUGCCAAUGAACGACCAGAGGCUUCUGCCCGCGGACGUGUUUGCCACGGGGGCAGGGCAUGUCAACCCCACCAAGGCCAAUGAUCCCGGCCUCGUCUACGACCUCAAGCCAGAGGACUACAUUCCUUACUUGUGCGGCUUGAAUCUAAGCAACGCGCAAGUGGGGACCGUGGUGCAUCGGAGAGUGGACUGCAAGAAGGAGACGGGCAUCCCGGAGGCGCAGCUGAACUAUCCGUCGUUCUCGAUAAGGCUAAUUGGAUCAGCGCCGCAGAAUUAUACGAGAACUGUUACCAACGUUGGGGAAGCGAACUCUGAGUACAAAGUGAGCGUGGCUGCUCCGGCCGGGGUGGAUGUGAAGGUCGAACCGGCUGCGCUUCGGUUCGAGAAGGUGGGGCAGAAAUUGGGGUAUAGUGUGAGGUUUAGCCGGUCGGGUGGUGACGGAGCGGAGAGCAAAGUAGUUCAAGGAGAGAUUAAAUGGAGCUCGGGCAAGCAUUCUGUUAGAAGCCCGGUUGCAGUUAUGUUUGGAUGA